CUCGCCGCCAUCGCUCACUUCAUCCUACACUAGCAGCAGCAGUAGCAGCAUCAGCACAGUUUCACACCCACACUCUUGGGUACAUCCUCUCCUACGCUGCUGAAACCUCCUCACACGCUCCCCAAAUGGCAGCCAACGGCGGAAGACAGGCGCUGGGCCGCCUCUUUGAGCAGGCCAGGAAGCAGGCAGAGGCGCAGAUCCGCGCAGGUGGUGGGGGCGGCGGUGGUGGUGGAGGAAGGCCAGGACCGUCCGGUGGACUGCUAGGAGGCUCGGGAUUGAUCCUACUCGUCGGUGGAGGUUUCGCCAUCAGUCAGAGCUUGUUCAAUGUUGAUGGAGGUCACAGGGCAGUCAAGUACUCGAGAUUUACGGGUGUCAAGUCAGAGAUCUACCCAGAAGGAACACAUUUCAUGAUCCCAUGGAUCGAGACACCCAUUGACUACGACGUGCGAGCCAAGCCGCGCAGCAUUCCCAGUCUGACUGGUACAAAGGAUCUGCAGAUGGUCAACAUCACCUGCCGUGUCCUCUCCAGGCCAGCAGUAGAGGCCCUGCCUACCAUCUACCGGGAGCUGGGUGCAGACUACGACGAGAGGGUGCUACCCUCCAUCGUCAACGAAGUCCUCAAGUCCGUCGUAGCCCAAUUCAAUGCCUCGCAGCUCAUCACUCAACGUGAAAUGGUCUCGCGUCUAGUGCGGGAGAAUCUUACAGAGCGAGCACGUCGCUUCAAUCUCCUCCUUGACGACGUCUCCCUCACCCACGUCGCCUUCUCUCCCGAAUUCACCCACGCAGUCGAAGCCAAGCAAGUAGCUCAGCAGACGGCCCUACGAGCCGCCUUCUUGGUGGACCAAGCUCUGCAAGAGAAGAAUGCUACAAUUGUGCGGGCGCAGGGAGAGGCAAAGGGAGCCGAGCUCAUCGGAGAGGCAAUGAAGAAGUCCAAGGGAUUCCUACAGCUCAGGAAAUUGGAGGCGGCAAGGGAUAUCGCUACGAUUCUCAGUGGAAGCCAGAACAGGAUCAUGCUCGAUUCGGGAUCGCUGCUGCUCAAUGUUGCCGACGAGGACCCAGACUCGCCGCAAAACCGCAGGUAGACGUCGCCUCGGCGCAAGUAUCAUCGAUCGGAGGGAGGGAGAGAAAGAUGAAAAAGGGAGAUCUACCGUCGAGGGGAGAUGGAGGAGGAAGAGGAGGCAAAAGAGUAGAAGUAAGGGUCGAAGACUACAUGGACCUCAUGGUGGGCAGGGAGGCAGGCAGGCUUUGCACCAAACAAAACCAACUUCAUCACAGCACACCACCACCACCACCAAUCUCAUCAUUCAGUCUCAAUACAGUCACCCGUACUGGGGGCCUCAGCCACUCUGUCUGUCCGUUGGUCUUUCGUGUAUGCGGGAUGGCAAUGCUUGGACGGAGUGAUGCUAAUAGUGAUACUGUUGUCAUGAGC